AUGCAUUUUGGUGAAGAGAGGGAAAAAGCUGAGGAAAGAGUAGGUUUCCCUCUUUUGAACGCAGAUCUUGAGGUUUCAUUUGGCGCAGAAGAUUGUGAACUAGCAUGUUGUGUAACAGUUGUUGGUUCUAUUCCUAGCAAAUAUCCAGGUUUGUCGCUGAGGUCACUCACUGUCUUCCAGCAAUUACGUGAUAAUUCGGUGUGCGUUCUCUUAAAACUCCAAAUGGAUUGCUUGAGUAAUUUCGGUCAUCAGGGCCUUUUUCAGAAGCUCACGCUUCCUUAUGAAGAGCUUGAGGCUUUUUUUCAACUUCUUGAGGUACGCAUGCCAGUAGACGACCAAAUUGCACUGGACAUGCGCCGGCAAAAUGGCAGUACAAUAAGCUCUGCCACUAUCUUUUCUUAUUUCAAACCGUUCCGGGAUGUAUGCAUCUCUUACUUUAACGCGCAUUCUGUUAAAUUGGGUGGACCUGGUUAA